GCGGCAGCGCCGCUGCUUCCUGUCGAGCGCCCGCAGCCCGGCUCCCCGAGUCCCAUUUCCCUGUCGCCCAGCCCGGGUCCAGGUGGACUGCUUUUUCUGUCGCCCGGGGGGGACAGAUGGGCCGCUGUGUCCGCCCUAAUCCUCUCCGAGCUCAGCAACUUUGGCUCGCCGCACGCCCUGGCCGGACGGUCCGUCCAGUGUGAUUCCAUAUGGAAGCAUCUGAAGCCCCGUAUGACUUCCAAGAGUGAAGAUACGCAACAGCAAAUCAUCAGGGAGACUUUCCAUUUGGUGUCUAAGCGAGAUGAGAAUGUUUGUAAUUUCCUAGAAGGAGGAUUAUUAAUUGGAGGAUCUGACAACAAACUGAUUUAUAGACAUUAUGCAACACUAUAUUUUGUCUUCUGUGUGGAUUCCUCAGAAAGUGAGCUUGGCAUUUUAGAUCUAAUUCAAGUAUUUGUGGAAACAUUAGACAAAUGUUUUGAAAAUGUCUGUGAACUGGAUUUAAUAUUCCAUGUAGACAAGGUUCACAAUAUUCUUGCAGAAAUGGUGAUGGGAGGAAUGGUAUUGGAAACCAACAUGAAUGAGAUUGUUACACAAAUUGAUGCACAAAAUAAGCUGGAGAAAUCUGAGGCUGGCUUAGCAGGAGCUCCAGCCCGUGCUGUAUCAGCUGUAAAGAAUAUGAAUCUUCCUGAGAUCCCAAGAAAUAUUAACAUUGGUGACAUCAGUAUAAAAGUGCCAAACCUGCCCUCUUUUAAAUAAAAUAUUAAAAAGGCCACUCCCAGGUAAAAUCCAGAGGGAAAGUCAUCUAAGUUUACCAUGCAGUUGUUUACCAAAAAUAGAGGAGUCUUAACUUGGCUCUUGGAUUGAAGUCAAGGUACUGUAUAGAAGCUGCAUAAACUCAGUAUGAAAGUUCAAUGUUGCUUUUCUUGCUCAGUGAUUUUAAAGAAAUUGAAUAGUUCCCGUGUGAUUUUUUUUUUCUUUUCUAAAUUGCAUUCCUAUGCCCACAUAAAGGCAUGCCUCUAUAUAUUGGCUAUUACAGUAUUUCGAAAAGUGAGAUGUUUCUUUAAUUAUGUACAACCCAAAAUGUUGAUGUUUUGUAUGGAUCACAAGUGCAGCAUUCUCUAAUUCUUCCUGCUGUUUGUCACAAUUGUUAUUUAAAGAACCAAGUAUGUAUUGCAUGAAAACAUGACCUUUUCCUUAGUUUAAAUAAACUCCAAGGUAACUGGA